UGUAUCUAUGGUUACCAAGUGUAAAUAAAUAGCAGAUUUGGUAUGUUUAUAGUAGUAGCAAACUGCCUACUACAUUCUGAAACUAACUAACACUAUUAUUGAAUAAAGAAUUAUAUAAAAUAAAAAAAAAUGUUAGCUCCUGUUUUCAAUUUGAAUCUCAGUCAUAAAAUACUACCACAUCGAGUAACAAUAGGGAAAUACGAUGGCAUUCACCCAUGUUUAACUGCUGCAACUGCAUCAGAUAAAAUUUUCGUCCAUAAUCCGCAUCAGAAUACUGUUUAUAAAGGUGGAAGAUGGUCUAGUAAUGCUUUAUCAGGAGAUUUGAGUCUCUUAAAUAUUAACCAGUCCAUAACAUGUGUUGCUGCUGGUCCAUUGAAACCUGAUGCCAAAAAUGAUGUUCUUGUAGUAGGCACUGCAACUAAUUUAUUGGCUUAUGAUGUUGAUAAUAAUACAGAUCUUUUUUACAAAGAUGUUCAUGAUGGUGCAAAUUGCCUUUUGAUUGGACACCUUGGCGCAACUGAAAAGCCAAUGGCUAUUGUUGGUGGAAACUGCUCAUUGCAAGGUUUUGAUCAUGAAGGGAAUGAUAUUUACUGGACUGUUACUGGUGACAAUGUUAGUUCCAUUACAUUGUGUGAUUUCAAUCAUGAUUCUUUUAAUGAGCUGAUUGUAGGUUCAGAGGAUUUUGAUAUUCGAGUAUUUCGAAAUGAUGUUAUCAUUGCUGAAAUGACUGAGACAGAGGCAGUGACUGGUUUGUGUAAAGUUAUGGGGCAGCAUUUUGGAUAUGCUUUGGCAAAUGGCACAGUAGGCGUCUAUAAAGGCUUAGAUAGAGCAUGGAGGAUAAAGUCAAAGAAUCAAGCCAUUUGCCUGAAUAGUUAUGAUAUUGAUGGAGAUGGUGUACCUGAAGUUAUAACUGGCUGGAGUAAUGGCAAAAUUGAUGCUCGAAAUGUUCAGUCAGGAGAAGUUGUGUUCAAGGACAACUUUUCGCAUUGCAUUGCUGGAAUUGUAAAAGGGGAUUAUCGUUUAACUGGGAAAGAAGAACUCAUCUUCUGUGCCACAGAUGGUGAAGUUCGAGGAUACGAAGCUGCAUCUGCCGAGAUGCGUCAUCACAUGUUGGAUGCUAAUUUUGAGCAAGAAACUAUACGUGACUUAUCGGCUAAAAAGCAGGCGCUGCUGUUGGAAUUCAGAAAUUACGAAGAAAAUGCUAGGAUUGGAAGUGGAAAUUUGAAAACAGCUGGGAGAGCUAGUCAGACUCAUGAUGAGCAUGGAAUUAUUCCGGCUACCACUCAGUUAAAAACUGGAUUAUCUAUAAACCUUGGCUCAGAUAAAAUUGGGCCCCAUAUUGAAGUAUCUUUAGAAACGACUAACAAUACUAUAAUCAGAUGCGUUCUGAUAUUUGCCGAAGGAAUAUUUGAUGGCGAAUCUCAUGUGGUACAUCCUAAGGAAAAUCAACUUUCUUCAUCCAUACGUAUUCCAUUGUGGCCUCCUAAAGACUUACCAAUCGAUCUUCAUAUUAAAGCCAUGAUUGGUUAUAAGGGAAGCGUUCAUUUUCAUGUGUUUGAGUUAACAAGACAGCUACCCAGAUUUUCUAUGUAUGCUCUGACAUCUGAACAUACUGACGAAGAACCAGAGAGCUACGUUAAGUUCUUCCUAAAUGAUAGGGUUCAACGGGUAAUAUCUUGGAUUAACAAUAAUUUUCUGUUAAUGCAAGAUUUGGAAUUCACCAAUCAAUUGAAUUUGAGAUUCACCUGCUUACGCUCUCAACAGCCGUUGUUAAUUACUAUGGAUUCCUCAUCAGAGGUAUUCAUCAAAACGGAUGACAUGGAACUGGCUGGAGAACUUAUCCAGUCCCUCUCUCAAUUUCUGACUUUGGAAGAUUUGUCAGUUACAGCUCAUUUUCCUCAAGAAACCGAAAACCUUGCUAAUCUUCUCACAAAAGUAAAUGAAUACCAGUCUGUCCGCCAGCAGCUAUCUGCCGACAUGGCUGAUAAUUCAGGUCUGAUCAGAAAUCUUGUUGUCCGUGCUGAAGAUGCUCGCCUUAUGAGAGACUAUGCCCUGAUGAGAAGAUGGCAUCAAGACCUUCAUGCUUUAAACGGUGAACUCAUAAACAAUUACAAGAUACGAUCCAAUAAUCACGAAGAACUCAUGACUUGCUUGAAGCAGGUGAAUCAAAUUAUCCAAAGAGCUGGAAGACUUAGAGUUGGAAGGCCCAAAACACAAGUGAUAAACUCCUGCCGUGCUGCCAUAAAGAAUAAUGACAUUGAUUUGUUGAUUAAAGUAAUAGGAACAGGCGAGCCAUGAAGAUCGAUUCAACUGAAGAAGGUCUUCUUAAUUUCAAAAUGAGCUUAUUCCAGUUGUAUCAGAUUUUUUCUUUUGUUAAUUUUCAAUGCAAGAAGAGCACUGAUGAAACAAUUCUGCUAUCUAGUCAAAUAAAUAAUCCUGGUUUUUAUA